AGGGCGGCGGCGGGGGCCGCCAUGGGCUGGUGGGGCGGCGCGGGGAGGGCGGCGGCGGCGGCGCUCCGGAGGCUCCGAGGCCCCCGGUGCGGCCUGGGCCCCCGGUACGGCCUGGGCCCCCGGUACAGCCUGGGCCGGGCCCCGCCGCCGCCCGCCGCCUCCGACCUGGAGCGGGCGGACGCUUGGCUGCUGCGGAAAGCGCUGGAGGGCGGUCUCCUUUCCUGGUACCGUAACGGGCUCCUGGCCACCGGCGUCGGCGUCAUCUCCUACGCCCAGAGCGACACGGGCCGCGACGCUGCCUACGGUUUUUUCAUCCUGGGGGGCCUGUGCGUUUCCUACGGGGCCGGUUCCUACCUGGUGAACCUGGUGCUGCUGCGCCGCCCCAUGAUGCUGCCGGCGCCCACGGCCGCCGCCAACGCCGCCGCCGCCGCGCUGCUCGCCCUGCUCUGGCUCUGCGCCCUCUCCCUCUACGUUGGCCGCUUGGAGGUGGAGAUCGUCCCCGAGGAGCCCCCCGAAAAGUGACGGGGGGGGGGGCUGGGGGGGGGCUGAGGGGGGCUGGGGGACACACCCUUGUUUAUAGAGAAAAUAACCCCUGAGGGGUGAGAAACUGCCCUGGGGGAGGGAAAAAAACAGCGGGGGGGGGGGGGGGAACACGACAUUAACACCCCACCUGUGAGAAUUAAAAGCUCCUUGGGAGGAUUAAACCCCCCCAGGAGGAUUAGAAGCUUCUUGGGAGGAUUAACCCCCCCACCCCAGGAGGAUUAACCCCCCCCCCAGAGGAUUAAAAGCUACUUGGGAGUAUUAAAAAUCCUCCCCCCCCCGAGGAUUAAAAGCUCCUGGGGAGGAUUAAAUCCCCCCCUCCCAGCAGAUUUAAAACCAUUUUGGGAGAACCAAGCCACCCUAAAAAGAUUAAAACCACCCUGGGGGGAUUAAACUGCCCCCCCAGGGGAUUAAAUCCCAUCCCAGGAGGAUUAAAAGAUGCCCUGGGAUGAUUAAACCCCCCCCCCCCCAGAGAAUUAAAAUUCCCCAGGAGGUUUCAAUCCCCCCCCGGGGAGGAUCAAAAACACCCGGGGGGGUUGGAUUAAAAUCCAAUCCACACCCCACCCCACACCCCCCCCUCAAAAUGCUGGGGUUUUUCAGCAAAACCCUCCAGUUUUGGCUGCUUUGUAUUUAUUCAUUCACCCUGGGGGUGGGGAUCAGCACCCUCCCGGGGCCUUUGCUGUGCCUGCUGUUUGCACCCUCAUUCCUGCUGUGAAAAACAAGGGUUUUGAGCAAAACUCGCCUCCGUGUGGCUCCGCUCUGGGGGUUUUAUGAAAAAAUGAGCAUUUCUUCAGGCACAGUGGCAGAAACAAGCGUUUUCGGCCCCGUUUUUGCAGCCCCUCUGGUCAGCACGGGGAAACGGGGCGGAGGAGCCGGGCUGGGAAAUAAAAAAGGUGGAAAAAGC